GCAUUGCCAGCAGCACCUGACCGUGAUGUGGCUCUCGGGUGGUCCAUGGUGCCCAGUGACACAUGCUCAGGAACCGUUCUGGCACUAUGCUUCAGCUGGACAUGGGGCAGGCCAGUCCUCCCCUGUAUAAAUACAAAGCCUUGUUCACUCUACCGUGGUGCAAUGGCAACUGCGGUUUCUCACCGGCAGUGGGCCUCCCCUCCGCAAAGGUGCUGGAUGGAGCCUGAGGCCGAGGUGCGAAGGGGGCUCUAUCUUGUGACGAUCCCACGGGGAUGUGGACUGAGUGAGUGAAGGGUGGCUUCUCGGGGAAGCCGCUCUCCUGCUCCCCCUUGCCCGAGGGCUCCUGCGAGAAGUUGUAAAUAAAGCUUGUCUCUGGGAAGCAGACCUCCCCCCGCGCCCGCCCGGCCUGUCUGCGGCCUCCUCCCUCCCUCCUCCUUCGCUCCAGAAGCCUCCGCCAGCCGCUCGCCCGCCCGGUGACCACAGAAGGAACGAGCAGCUCCACCUCGCAAGUCAAGACGUGCGUUUCCUGUGCAUUUGGAGCAAUCGGGCCUCCGGGUCCAGAAAGGGCGGGCUCUGUGGUGCCGGCAGCGCAGCACCGGGACGCCCGGACGAGCCUGGCACCAGGCCUGGGGCGAGCGGAGUGGCCGAGGAAGGAACGGACCGCGGAGGGCGCUGGCUGCCGCCCCUGCCCGGCGUUUUUCCCGCGAGCCGCUGCCCGGAGGCCCCGCUUCCCCUUUCUCAGGGUGGGGACGCUCGGGAGGCGGGCCCGGCGCGCAGGACGGCUGGAAAGCGGCAGCAGGAAAAGGUUCAUAAUGGAGCCUUUCAUCGCGAGCCGGUGGCCAGGUGCCAGGACCGACUCCGCGGAGGCCAGCAUGCUGGUGUAGGCCUGCCCUGCGCUCUUCCCCGCCCGCCUGUCCCCUGCCUGCCUCCCUGCUGGGGCGCGCGGCAGCCGCCGCCGCCGCUGCUGCUGCUGCUGCUGCUGUUGCUGCCGCCGCUGUGUGGACCCUGCUUCCUGUUUGCCCUCUGCGGCUCUGGCUGCCAUGGAAGAGGAAGAGGAGGCAAUAGGCUUUUUGGACAAGGUUCUGGAGGAUGAAGAUGUGUUUCUCCUGGAGGAGUGUGAACUGGGAACCCCGACCAGCCCUGGCUCAGGGUCCCCCUUCUUGGUGGCCGUGAAGGUGGAGGCAGGGAAGGGCCUGGAGAUGAGGAAGCUGGUUCUCUCUGGGUUUCUGGCCAGUGAAGAGAUCUACAUUAACCAGCUGGAAGCUCUGUUACUGCCCAUGAAACCCCUGAAGGCCACAGCUACCACCUCCCAGCCUGUGCUCACCAUCCAACAGAUUGAGACCAUCUUCUAUAAGAUCCAGGACAUCUAUGAGAUCCACAAGGAGUUCUAUGACAACCUCUGCCCCAAGGUGCAGCAGUGGGACAGCCAGGUCACCAUGGGCCAUCUUUUCCAGAAACUGGCCAGCCAGCUUGGCGUGUACAAAGCAUUUGUGGAUAACUAUAAAGUCGCUCUGGAGACCGCUGAGAAGUGCAGCCAAUCCAACAACCAGUUCCAGAAGAUCUCUGAGGAACUCAAAGUGAAAGGGCCCAAGGACUCUAAGGACAGCCAUACAUCAGUCACCAUGGAAGCUCUGCUCUACAAGCCUAUUGACCGAGUCACUCGGAGCACCCUUGUCCUGCACGAUCUGUUGAAGCACACACCUGUGGACCACCCAGACUACCCGCUGCUUCAGGAUGCCCUCCGAAUCUCCCAGAAUUUUCUGUCUAGCAUUAAUGAAGACAUUGAUCCUCGCCGGACUGCAGUCACAACCCCCAAGGGGGAGACUCGGCAGCUGGUGAAGGACGGCUUCCUGGUGGAAAUGUCUGAGAGCUCCCGGAAGCUGCGGCACGUCUUUCUCUUCACAGAUGUUUUACUGUGUGCCAAGCUAAAGAAGACCUCUGCAGGAAAGCACCAGCAGUAUGACUGUAAGUGGUACAUCCCUCUGGCUGACUUAGUGUUCCCAUCCCCUGAGGAGUCAGAGGCCAGUCCCCAGGUGCACCCCUUCCCAGACCAUGAGCUCGAGGACAUGAAAAUGAAGAUCUCUGCCCUCAAGAGUGAGAUCCAGAAGGAGAAAGCCAACAAAGGACAGAGCCGAGCCAUUGAGCGCCUCAAAAAGAAGAUGUUUGAGAAUGAGUUCUUAUUGCUGCUCAAUUCCCCGACGAUCCCAUUCCGGAUACACAAUCGGAAUGGAAAGAGUUACCUGUUUCUUCUGUCUUCUGACUAUGAGAGGUCGGAGUGGAGAGAAGCGAUUCAGAAGCUACAGAAGAAGGAUCUCCAGGCCUUUGUCCUGAGCUCUGUGGAGCUCCAGGUGCUCACGGGAUCCUGUUUCAAGCUUAGGACUGUGCACAACAUUCCUGUCACCAGCAAUAAAGAUGACGAUGAGUCUCCGGGACUGUACGGCUUCCUUCAUGUCAUCGUCCACUCUGCCAAGGGCUUUAAACAGUCAGCCAAUCUUUACUGUACUCUGGAGGUGGAUUCCUUUGGCUAUUUUGUCAGCAAAGCCAAAACCAGGGUGUUUCGAGACACGACAGAGCCCAAGUGGGAUGAGGAGUUUGAGAUUGAGCUGGAGGGUUCACAGUCCCUGAGGAUCCUGUGUUAUGAGAAGUGCUACGACAAGACCAAGGUCAACAAAGACAACAAUGAAAUUGUGGACAAGAUCAUGGGCAAGGGGCAGAUCCAGCUGGAUCCACAGACAGUAGAAAGCAAGAACUGGCAUACAGAUGUGAUUGAAAUGAAUGGGAUCAAAGUGGAAUUCUCCAUGAAAUUUACCAGCCGUGACAUGAGCCUGAAGAGGACCCCAUCCAAAAAGCAGACAGGCGUCUUCGGAGUGAAGAUCAACGUGGUGACCAAGCGGGAGCGCUCCAAGGUGCCCUACAUCGUCCGGCAGUGCAUAGAAGAGGUGGAGAAGAGGGGCAUCGAGGAGGUUGGCAUCUACAGGAUAUCAGGGGUGGCCACGGACAUCCAGGCCCUGAAGGCUGUCUUUGAUGCCAAUAACAAGGACAUCCUACUGAUGCUGAGCGACAUGGACAUCAAUGCCAUUGCUGGCACCCUCAAGCUCUACUUUCGGGAGCUGCCUGAGCCCCUCCUUACAGACCGACUUUACCCAGCCUUCAUGGAGGGCAUUGCCCUGUCAGACCCUGCUGCCAAGGAGAACUGCAUGAUGCACCUACUCCGAUCCCUGCCCGACCCCAACCUCAUCACCUUCCUUUUCCUGCUGGAACACUUGAAAAGGGUUGCCGAGAAGGAGCCCAUCAACAAGAUGUCGCUUCACAACCUUGCCACGGUGUUUGGCCCCACGUUACUGAGACCCUCAGAAGUAGAGAGCAAAGCACAUCUCACAUCAGCUGCAGACAUCUGGUCCCAUGACGUCAUGGCCCAGGUCCAGGUCCUACUCUACUACCUGCAGCACCCCCCCAUUUCCUUCGCAGAACUGAAGCGGAACACACUGUACUUCUCCACAGAUGUGUAGCCUGGGGUGGCAGCUGUGGGGGUGGCCAGAGCCAGCCCUCCAGCCAGGGCCCAACAUAGACUUGAAAGACUGCAACAGAAACUCCCCAGCCUAGCACUCUAGAGUCCAAGGGAAGCCACCUCCAAGAACUGGAACAUGUGCAUCUUUUGUGCCACCUUGUACAAAGCCAGCUGAUCAGCCCCGCCUCACCACACCCCAGCUCCUACCCUCAUACCUGAGUGUGUCUGAUGCUCCGUGCUGUCCAGGAAUUGUUUUAUGUACAUUUGUCUUUGCAGAAAAGGUAGUGGCCGAGCUGGUGUGGGCACAGACAGCUUGCUUGUUCUUUCAUUUCUCCCAACACUCACUUUCUGCCUGAGUCCAGUCCAAGGACUUUUACUUUGCGCUGUGUAACUGCUGCCAGCUUCUCCUCUCCUGGCCCUGCUCCCAGAUUGCAGCCUCCCUGCAGUGUCUGCCCUCUCCACCUCCCAGCCUGCUGCAUGCAUGUGCAGCAUGGGCUUUUGCUCCAUCACUGCAAAGUUCUGCAGGGGCCCUGGGCAGUGCUGGCCUGUCUGACGUGCUGCGUGCUGCCCUUGGCCUCCUUGCUUUCCACAUGUGGAAGGACAUUUGCUUUCCUUGCUGUCUGUGCAAAUGUUGAACAAGGAGACAGACACACACUAAUCCUCAGCACAGAGCUGGAGAGCUCAUUUCUGGAAUGUUCUAUUUGAGAAUUGCCAUUUCUGGGGUUUGUCUGUUCUGUCUCCUGCCUACCGGUAUGGCAUCUUCAGCUGUUUCUUCUAUUGCUGAAUUUUCUGUUCCUUUCCCCUGGUGUUCUAUUUUCUUUCAGUGUAAUGACCCACAAGUGUCCUGCCAUCAAGAGAGGUCAGGAUUGCACCUGAAGGGUAUGGUGGGCAACCAGGCUGUGAAGGAACAAGAUGGGUGGAGCAGCCAGCAGUGGCAAGUCAAGGGAAGCCAGUUUCCACUGUCAGGACCCGCAGAGGCUAUCCUAGUGUACAGCCUCCUGGAGGGCAGCUUCUGUGGCUGAAUCAGGUGUCCAGGUGAAAACAGGCUCUGUCCUGGAACCUGGAACCACACAUACCUCGUGGUACUUUUGCCUUAGAUUUUACACUCUCAACAGCCAAGCACUGCCACGGGGCAGCCACGUUGCCAUGCGUGCUCCAGAGCCUUGGAAUAGCAGAUAGAACCCAGUUGGAAUGCUUCUACCCUGGCUUCUAAAUUCAGGCCUGUGGGUAAUCUCAAGUAUACAAGAAAUUGUGGGGUAGGCUGGCUGUCUUGUGAAUGAGCUCUGCUUGGGCUGUAGAGCGUCGGGUCAGCAGGUGUCAUUCCCAGCUCUGUGACCUACUGCUUGGUACUAAAGAGGAGUUUUACUCCCAAAGCACCAUUUCCAGUCUGAGUAGGAGCUACCAGCCUGUGGCAAUUAGCAGGGAAAGAAAGGUGCUCCUGUCACAGGGGCUUGAGCUACCAUACAGCUUCCUAGAUCUUCUAUAUGGCAGAGGUCAUUCUUGGCCCUCAGGAUUGGGGAGACCAGCUCUCAUCGUGUGUGCUCAGGGCUAAGUCUAAACAAGGGUUUGCUGGCCCCCAGGCCGUUGUUUGCUAGGUGAGGUUAGGUAGGGCUCUUCUGGGCCUGUUCAUACCUAUUGCCUUUGACAGAACGGUACAGGUUGUUUAUGCAGGAGGAAGGAAUGCCAACUUCCCAGCUGCCUAUUUGCAGUUUAACAAGGAGUCUUGCUGUCUCAAACAGGUGAAAGAAAAUGCCGUGCAUGUAAAGAUCACAUCUGCCACUGUCUUGGCGCUCAGGUGCUGGUAUGUGGCAUUCUUGCUUCCAAAGGAUUGACAGUAACAAAUUAUCAAAGCUUGACUGGAACUGGCCUCCUGCCUCUUUAGAACAGGGAGUGUAGGCUGUUCAGCGUCAGCUCCUGCAGCCCCAGCUUGCUCAGGCAGUGUAACAGGGAAGCUGGAGCUGAGAACUACUAAAAGUUCCUAUUAUUUAUAAAUUUCACCCAAAGUGGACAGAGUCAGGUGCCAAACCUGAACUGAGGCACACCAAGAAGUAUCUGGUGGUUCUCCUGAGACAGGGGCCGUGCAGCCCAGAACCCCCUCACUGCCAGCAGGGCACCAGGAGACAGGGUCCAGGAAUCCAGGUAUGCCUGUACUUGCUUGGGCAACGACUGAGGGCUGCCAGCCUCUGCUGACGAGGUAGGAUGGGACUCCCAAUAAGUUGGUAUGGAUAUAUUUUUUUUUGUCUCUGUUCUGUUUAAACUUAUGUAGAUUAUUAUAAAUUGAUGUAAACCAUGUGAGAGGGAAAUGUUAAUAAAAAAAAAAUUGCAAAGCCUCAACAUUUGCACAAAACUCA